AUGUCAAAAGCUCGCUGUAUUCCUGUUACUCUUUUAAAUAACAGUGCUUUAGUGAGCGAAUUACGUUAUGGACCAUUCUCAUCAUGGUGGCAGUCUUCUGAUAAUGAAAAGGAUGAGCUAAUAGAUUCAUUUGAAGAUACAUCACCAAUUGAAGUUUGGAAAAAAACUAACUAUUUUCAAAAAUAUGAUGGCUACCAAUUCUUUGGUUUAGAUAAUAUUAUCGUUCAAGAUUUUAUUAAAAAACAUAAAGUUCCAAAAUGUACACCAGAUGAAUGGAAUAAUUUUUCACUUAAGGAAAGUACAAUAAUCGAAUUGUCUUCUCAGCUUGAAAUAAUUUACCAAAAAAAUUAUGAAAUGAAAGAACGAGAAUUAGGUGUAUGGCAGGCAAUGUUACGUGCAUCAGGUUGUCAUAAUAUCAUACCAUGGACCCGAGACGAAUCAAAGACUAAUGGACAAAUCUCUCUCUAG